GUUAAAGUGGCUCUUCCCUUCUUUCCGCAGACAAUAUUUCCUUGGAUCUUUCCUAUUCCAAACGAUUAACAUCUGACAUCCUUCCUACAUCUACCUACAGUUCAAACCCGUGGUCCACUCCCAGAAAACAAGAUCCCGUGUUUCCGACCUUUAUAUCCCUUCCCAUAGAACUAAGACAUUUGAAUAUUCCUUUAUUGCCUGAUCCACUGCCUUCUGGAAUUCCUUGCCAUCUGAAUUCCGCCAUGCCUCUUCCUUGUCCUCAUUUAAAUAUCAUCUCUACCAAUUCCUUCUCACAAUAAAAUAAAUAUUGUGAAACAGAUUUUGACUGAGGUGAAUGGUUGUUAA